AUGCUUUGGGCUUAUUUAUUAUUAGCUAUUGCAACGGUUGCUUCCGCUGGAAAAGUUUUAGUAUUAGUUGAGAAUCUAGGAGCCAAGGACACACACUCAAUCUUCCUCCAAUCCCUGAAAGAGAGAGGACACCAAGUUUUCGUUAGAACUGCCGAUGAUAGUUCAUUGAAUCUUCAGAAGUAUGGAGAGCUUGUUUAUGACCAUUUGAUUCUUUUCGCACCAUCAGUAGACGAGUUCGGUGGAACCGUCAACGUUAAGGAGAUUGCAAGCUUUGUUGAUGCUGGAGGAAACGUUAUUGUUACCGGUGGAGCUAAUCUUGGUGAAGCCAUCAGAGAGUUGGCCAUUGAACACGGAUUUGAAUUCGAUGAGACUGAUACCGCUGUAAUCGACCACAAGAACUAUGAUGCUCUAUUGGAUGAUGGAUUCCACACCACUAUUGUUGCUGGAAAAGAUCAACUCAUCAAGUCGAACCUCAUCGUCGGGGAAACCAAGAAUUUGAACCCUAUUCUUUACAAGGGAUCAGCUCUGGUUGCCGGUAAGAACAACCACCUUCGCCUCGAGGUUCUCCAUGCCUCCCCAUCUGCUUAUUCCUACAAGCCUGCUGAACCUCUCAUGAGAAACCCUUCUAUUGCUGGUAAGCAUGCCAUUCUUGUCGGAGCUGUUCAAACCCGUAACAAUGCUCGUGUUGUCUUCACUGGAUCUUUGGAGAUGUUCUCAAACAAGUUCAUCAAUGCCCAAGUUCACAAAGCCGGUUUGACUGAGAAGCCUGUACCUUCUGGAAAUCUUGCUCUUGUCACUGACUUGUCUAAGUGGGCUUUGAAAGAGACCGGUGUUUUGAGAGUCAAGAAGGUUACCCAUCACUUGGCCGGAAAGAAUAUCGUCCCAACUGAAUACACGAUCACUGAUGAAGUCGAAUACAUCAUUGAAAUCGAAGAGUUCAAGAACGGUAAAUGGGAGCCAUUCCAAGGAAAGGAUGUCCAAUUGGAGUUUGUACGUAUUGAUCCUUUCGUCAGAACUGUUCUUCAAAACAAGAACGGAAGACUCUCAAUCAAGUUCACAUUGCCAGAUGUUUACGGAGUCUUCAAAUUCCUAGUCGAUUAUAGAAGAGUUGGAUAUUCUCAUCUUCAUGAUGUCCAACAGGUAUCCGUUCGUCCACUGUUGCACACUCAGUACGAACGCUUCAUUCCAUCAGCCUAUCCCUAUUAUGCCUCAUCAUUCUCCAUGAUGGCGGGAUUAGUUUUGUUCUCCAUUGUUUUCCUUCAUUUCAAGGAACCAGCAAAAGUUUCUACUGCUGCCAAGAACAAGUAG